AUGUCACGGAAAAGAAGCUUCUGGCACUAUCGUUGUCGUAAGAAACACUCCCUCUCCCGCUCCACAAGAGCUGAGCUGCAGUUCCCCAUGAGGUGCGUGGACCUCCUCCUGCAAGAGGGUUGCUACGCUCAGUGCCUGAGCUUGUCCACUCCCGUGUUCCUGACGAGCAUCCUCGAGUACCUGACGGCCAACAUCCUGGAGCUGGCGAGCAGGGAGGCCCUCAACAACCACAAUAUGCGCAUCACCCCAGAGCACGUGCAGAGGGCGUUGGACAACGAGCGCCUCAGCUGCCUCUUCGAGCCCGGCGCCUUCUCUCCCACCGCUGUGCUGCCACUGCCCGAGGAGAAGUAG